AUUGUUUCAAUGAUUUAUAUGCUUCCUAUGUCAUCUUCUGUAUCCUCCUUCUGUCUGUGGUGAUACUGGUAAUAAGCAUCUUCAAUGCUGAGUUUUAUGCAGUUGUGCCUUCAAUACCAUGCUCUCGAUUAGCACUGAUAGGAAAAGUUAUUCACCCUCAGCAAGUGAUGCAUUCGGUUGCUCAUGCUGUCAUGGGAAUGCUGGUGUCUUGGUGCGCUGCAGUUAUGACAAAAGGGAGGUUCCAGUUCCUUGCUGUGCCCUGCACACCUUCAGAGAGCCUAGAUGAUGCUGUUCCUCAGAUGUGCCUGAAUGAGUAUCACCUCUUUUUUCUACUUUCUGGAGCUUUCAUGGGAUACAGUUAUAGUCUUUUGUAUCUUAUGAACAAUAUGAAUUAUUUGCCAUUUCCAAUCAUACAGCAAUACAAGUACUUACGUUUCAGGAGAUCUUUGCCUCUCCUCGUCAAGCACAGCUGCGCAGAAUCGCUGUAUUUUGUUAGAAACUUCUCUGUUGCCUAUUACUUUUUUGGUUAUAUCCCAAAGGUGUGGAUAAGUACCACAAUGGAUCUUCGUAUAGACAGUAAAUUGCAUCCCCUUGACUCCCUGACUGGCUUAUUGGAUCUCUCCUUGUUUUACCAUGCCUGGUUAUGUGGUGUAUUUCUUCUGAUUACCUGGUACAUUGCAUGGUUGCUCUUCAAAAUCUAUGCUACAGAGACACAUCAUUUUCCUAUCCAGCCAACUUUUGCUGAGGAGACAGACCAGUGCCUGCCUAAAAUCUUAAACAGCAACCCUCCCCUCAUUAUAAAGUUUUUAGCCUUACAAGACUUGAUGUUACUUUCCCAAUAUUCUCCUGUUCGACGACAGGAAGUCUUUAGCCUUAGUCAGCCAGGUGGGCACCCGCACAACUGGACUGCAAUAUCGAGGGAGUGCUUGAGUCUUCUGAGUGAUCUGACCCGGAGGCUGAUCGCACAGCAGGAAGCUGCAGCAGCAAAUGGGAGAGCAAAGCAGCCAGCAGGAGAGCUGAAAGUAUCUCCACAGACUCCAGGAGCUGUUGUGGCAGAAGACAUGUCUUUCCAGUCACAGAGGUCUAAUGUAAUUCCCAGAGCCUCCAUGUCUUCACUGGUUAAAUCGUCACUAAUGUCUUUAAAGACAUCGCCUGGGUCUGAUGUUAAUUCACCUUUCAGCUCACCUGCUGUAAAUUGCAAGAUGGGAAUUCUGGAUGUAAGCUCUCCAUGGCAUGGAUCAGUCCAAAGUCCUAAUGUUAGGAGAAGGGGACCAAAGCUAUGGACAUCAGGUUCAGAUCUGCAAAUGAAUGGUUCCCACCAUGAAUCCUUCCCAGUGCCCUCUGCUGCAAGAGUUGGCAGUGAGGCAGUACAGCCAAGCUUUAUUUACACAUGGCUUCAGAACAAGCAAGAACAGAUAAAAAACUUCUUGUCAAAGCAAGUGCUGAUAAUGUAUUUCUUCAGCAAGCACCCAGAAGCCUCCAUCCAAGCUGUCUUCUCUGAUGCCCAAAUGCACAUCUGGGCUUUGGAAG